AUGGCGGACCAGCACGACGUCGAUCUCGACUCGAUAAUCGACCGCCUUUUAGAGGUGCGGGGCAGCCGCCCAGGAAAGCAGGUCCAACUGCUCGAGACCGAGAUUCGCUAUCUUUGCACCAAGGCCCGCGAGAUUUUCAUCUCUCAGCCCAUCUUGCUCGAGCUGGAAGCUCCUAUUAAGAUCUGCGGCGAUAUCCACGGGCAAUAUUACGACCUGCUCCGCCUCUUUGAAUACGGCGGCUUCCCGCCUGAGGCCAACUACCUUUUCCUGGGUGACUACGUAGACAGAGGCAAGCAGUCCCUUGAGACUAUCUGCUUGCUCCUUGCCUACAAGAUCAAGUAUCCCGAGAACUUUUUCAUCCUGCGGGGUAACCACGAGUGCGCGUCCAUCAACCGCAUCUAUGGCUUCUACGACGAGUGCAAGCGUCGAUACAACAUCAAGCUGUGGAAGACGUUUACCGAUUGCUUCAACUGCUUGCCCAUUGCCGCCAUCAUCGAUGAGAAGAUCUUUACCAUGCACGGUGGCCUCAGCCCUGACCUGAACUCGAUGGAGCAGAUCCGUCGCGUCAUGCGCCCCACUGACAUUCCGGACUGCGGCUUGCUCUGCGAUCUUCUUUGGUCGGAUCCGGACAAGGACAUCACGGGCUGGAGCGAGAACGAUCGCGGUGUCUCCUUCACCUUUGGCCCCGAUGUCGUUUCCCGGUUCCUCCAGAAACAUGAUAUGGACCUCAUAUGUCGUGCCCACCAGGUCGUCGAGGAUGGCUACGAGUUCUUUUCUAAGCGUCAGCUCGUUACGCUGUUCAGCGCUCCGAACUACUGUGGCGAGUUUGACAACGCCGGUGCCAUGAUGAGUGUGGACGAGAGCUUGCUUUGCUCCUUCCAGAUUCUCAAGCCCGCGGAGAAGAAACAAAAGUAUGUUCACGGCCUCGGGGGCAGUAGCAGACCCACCACUCCAAGGAAGCAAUCCAAGUCGUAA